AAUAACAUCAAUAUUAAAUUUAAUUAUUUUUUAUAUUUUGUUCACCUAUUUUAUAAUAAAAUAUUAUAUUUCUUAAUAUUAUUUUGGGUGUUUUAUUUUUGCUUUUUCUUCAUUUUAAUAAGAUUGUCAAAAUGUUGCCUUCUAAAGGUUAUUUUAAGGCUCUCGAAUGUCCCUAUUUUACUGAAUCAUUUUGUGAUCGACCAUAUUGUCACUUUAAGCAUAGUAAACAAGACUUUUUAUCCGACUCAAACUGUCAAAUUGCUGCUAAAAUGGAUAACAACUGUGUCGUCAUUUUACCAGAUAACUCAAAGUUGCCUGAAGAACCAAAAUUAAAACCAAAGGUAAAGUCUAAAAUUAUUGAGUAUGUACCUCAAUAUAUUAAAUCUAUGAAUUUAGAAUCAAGCGAAAAUUCAUGCAUUUAUGUUUCGUCCGCUGAAAUAUGUAAAAAUGAAACUCCUAUCCUCGAAUAUAUACCUUCAAGUGUUAAUGAAACCAAUUUAGAUUUUGAACUAGAAACAUUAAAUGAUAAUAAUAAAAUAUUAAAAGAAAAAGAGCCAACAGAACCAAUUAAUUACUCUGAGAGUCUUACAACAACUUAUAAUAUAAGUAAGCAAAAUUCAGAUCUUUCUGAAUAUGUCCCUACUGUUAUUGAAAAACCUAAAGAUGUUAAAACAAGUAAACAUAAAGAUAGCCAUCACCGUGAACAUAGGUCAUCAUCAAAACGUAAACAUGAAUCAUCGAGAAAGUCUUCAGGAAGUUCCUCAAAAUCUUCAAACAAAUCUAAAAAAUCCAAAAAAGAUAAAUCUCCAGAACCGAAAAAAGAUAAAAGUAAACGAGAUCAUGAAAAAAAACAUGAGAAAAAAAUUCAAAACAUUAGGUGUACAAAACUUGAUACUUUGACUCCUUCUAAUUCCUAUGCGCCAAAGUCAUUAAGAGAAGCAGUAAUGGAAAAAGUGAACAAAAAAUUAGUUGAAAUAGAUGCCGUAAAAACUGAUUUGAGCUGUUCAAGUGAUGAAGGGAAAGGUCUAUCUACUACAUCAAUUGAAUCAGAUUUAAUUGAAUAUUCUAGUUCAGAAGAUUCUAAUAGUGAGCAGAAACCAUGUAAUGUUGUAGAAGCCAAAUUGAAAAAACGAAUAUCUCAUAUUUCUCCUUCUAGUAUAUUUGCCAAAAUAAAUGUAAGAACUGUUGUAAGACCUAGAAGUUCAAAAUCACUUCAUGAACUGGUUGCUAGCCGAGUGCAAUCUAUUCAAAAUAAUGAUUCUAGACUUCCAAAAAAAACUGAAAUUAGUUUUCAUAAUGAUCCUACUCUACCUUUGUUAAAAGCAAAAACUCGUGUUGCGCAUCAGCCAAAAAUUGAACCAGUAACUUCAAAACCUCUAACUCCAAAUAGUUCAAAAGUGAAUAAUAAAGAAAUUACUGCAGAUAUAAAAUUGUGUUUAAGAAUAAAAUCAUUUAAAAGCAGUAAUAAUAUGCCAAAUCCUUUGCGUCAAAGUUGUUUAGAGAAACUUUUUACUGCAUUUAUGAAUCACUAUUCAUCUGAAGAAGCAAUUGAUAAGGCACAUACGACUGAAGAAGAAGUUCAUAGUAAAGCAAAAUCAUCAGGAAUUUAUAAAAAUCUUAUAGUACAAUCUUUGAUGAAAGCCAAUAAAGCACCUGAACUACAAGUUAAAAGUAAUCCUUAUUACCCUUCGCACAUGUAUGGUGUUUGCUUGUAUGAUUUACUAAAAAAGUAUAUUCUUUCAAAAGACGAAUUGGAAAAGAAUGGUUAUCCCCUGAUGGGUGAUAAUAACCUAGCUUAUAUUUCAAAAAAUGCAUAUUAUUACUGUCCACUUUCUAAAAAACGUAAUGGUGAUAAAUUUAUUUGUAUGAAUUGUAAAAGUGAAUUUGAAAUCAAUAAACGUGGUAUGCCUAUUGUAACAUUAUCAAAAUGUAUUUAUCAUUCUGGCAAAUUAAAAUAUGAAAGAUCAAAAAAUGAAAAAUUUUGGUUAUGCUGCUACAAGAGACAACAUGAAUCUGGUUGCGAAUCAAGUAUGUUCCAUGUACCUGAUAAAUUGGAUGAUGAUGCUUUAGAGAAUUUUGUUGUAAUAGAAAACAUAAAAUCUCAUAAAAAUAUUGAGGACCCAAAUUUUUAUGCUCUAGAUUGUGAAAUGGUCAAUACUACUGUUGGUAUUGAAAUUGUUCGAGUCACUGUCAUUAAUCAUGAAGGAAAAGAAGUUUAUGAAUCUAAAGUAAAACCCUCUAAUCCUAUUCUUGAUUACAAAUCUAAAUAUAGUGGAAUAACUGAAGAAUCUUUAAAAUACUGUUCAAAAAGAUUGUUUGAUGUUCAACUAGAUUUAAUGAAAAUAUUUGAUAAAGAAUCAAUUUUGAUUGGUCAUAGUUUAGACAGUGAUUUAAAAGCUUUAAAAAUGGUACAUUAUAAUGUGGUCGAUACCAGCACUAUUUAUCCUCAUAAAUAUGGUCCACCGUAUAAGUGGGGUUUGAAGUUUUUAUGUGAACAGCAUCUCCAAAGAAUCAUUCAAAGUGAAGAAGGCCAUGACAGUAAAGAAGAUGCUUUAGCUUCCCUAGACUUAGUUUGGAAGAAACUAAAAGAAGAUGUGAAGAAAUUUAAACCUGUUAACAUAAUAAGUAUUGAUAAAAGAUAGUAAAUUUAAUUUAAUGAAAAUAUUUCUUAUGCAUUUGACAGUAAAUGUGAACAGGCACAUAAUUAAAGAAAGGGGAAGACAAGAGUGACUGUUCUCCAAAAUAUUGUAUACCUGUCUAUAAAUCUUAAUAUAUAAUUAAAAUUUUUAUAAAGUGCUCUCCAACUGCAAGAUUUAUAGAAAACAAAAAGUAUUUUUACCUAAAAUAUAAGAAAAUUGUAUUCAAAAUUAUUUCUUAUUGUAAAAGGUUCUAGUUUUAAACUGAGAGAAUAACAUUUCUUUUUACCAUCACUACCACCAAUUAAAUUCUGUCAAUGGGCUUGAUUGUAGCUCUAAACUUAAUAUGAUCUCAAUUUAAUUUAAUUCUAAAUUUAAAUGUAUAAUACAUUAGAUCUGGUGGGUUUAUUGUAAUUUGAUAAAAAAA